UUAUAGUCACCAAUAUUGCAUGAAUCUUGUCUCACACUCAUCUUCUUCCCCCAACCUUCUCAUAUUUCCUCUCUCUCUCCAAUGGCUUCCUCAUUCAAGUCCUCACUUCCAUUCAGCGCCACCGACCGUCUGAGCUCUGUUCCUACCACCCACCACUACCACCACCGUACCUCCGGUGAGGUCCAUCUCAUUCUCGGUCCUAUGUUCGCCGGGAAAACAACAUCCCUCCUCCGCCGAAUUAAGUCCGAAAGCAACAACGGCAGGAGUGUGGCGGUCAUAAAAUCUAGCAAGGAUAAUAGAUAUGCGGUCGAUUCCAUUGUUACCCAUGACGGUGCAAAAUUCCCAUGUUGGGCUCUGCCGGAUCUGUCAUCGUUUAGACAAAAAUUUGGAGAAGAGGCUUAUGGGAAGUUGGAUGUGAUCGGUAUCGACGAAGCUCAAUUCUUUGAAGAUCUUUACGAUUUCUGCUGCAAAGCUGCUGAUCAAGAUGGGAAAACUGUAAUUGUUGCAGGCCUCGAUGGCGAUUAUCUGAGGAGGAGCUUUGGUUCGGUGCUUGAUGUUGUACCUCUUGCUGAUACGGUGACCAAGUUGACGGCUCGGUGCGAGCUCUGCGGCAAGAGGGCCUUCUUUACCCUGAGGAAGACAGAGGACAAGCAGACUGAAUUGAUUGCCGGAUCUGAUGUCUACAUGCCUGUUUGCCGCCCCCACUAUGUUAAUGGACAAGUUGUCAUUGAAGCAGCAAGAAGUGUUAUAGACUCCCAUAAAGUAAAGACUAUAAAGAACGAAACAUUUUCAGAAGUAGCUUCAGUUGUUUAGAAACCAAAAAAAAAAAAGCCUUAUUUAGAGCUUGAUCUGAUCAUUAUGGCUGGACUUGAUGUGUAUCCGAAUCAAGUUGUUUUAGGUCUACAGUGGGCCUUCAUGAUUUGAUAUGUUUUCUGAUGUAACUUUCCUUAUCAUGUAUAUAUUGGAGUUUUCUUUCAGAAAACUCAUGAAUUGUUCUUUUAUUGGAAUAAACCAUAUAUGCUUUUCUCAUUGGUUUUCA